CGCACAAGUUUUAUUUGGUCUAUUUGGUCACCUCCUACAGUUCUAAAUUUCCAACCCCUGUCGACGACCUGCAAAAUUCGAGCGUGAGCUUUGGACUAAAUUUGUCGACAUGGUUCAAGCUAAACAUCAAAAGAUUAAACCCAAGAAGCAUGUCCGUCAGGUAAAAAAACAUGGGAAGCAAACUGACAUUUCAGAGUUCCGGUCUCAACUUGAUGCUUUGGGCUUAAAAAUUAUUGAAGUAACUGCAGAUGGUAACUGUUUCUUUAGGGCUCUAGCAGAUCAAUUGGAUGGCAAUGAGGAGGAACAUGGGAAGUUUCGACGUAUGGUGGUGCAGUAUAUUCUGAAGCAUCGGGAGGAUUUUGAGCCUUUUAUUGAGGAUGAGGUUCCAUUUGAUGAAUAUUGCCAAUCUAUGGAAAAAGAUGGCACAUGGGCUGGACACAUGGAAUUGCAAGCUUCUUCUCUUGUGACUCGUUGUAAUAUCUGCAUUCAUCGAAUGAUGUCACCAAGGUGGUAUGUAAGGAACUUCGAUGACCAUGGAGUUCAUAUGAUCCAUUUAUCAUAUCAUAAUGAAGAGCAUUACAAUAGUGUGCGGUUAAAGGAAGAUCCUUGUAAUGGGCCAGCUAAGCCAAUCGCGAUUAAGGCGGAUGCUAAUCUUUCAACAACAUCCCAGCAAGCAAAAGCGUCAGUUGCCAAGUCCAAAGGAGCUCUAUUUGAAAAUAAUAGAAUUGAUGCUGGAUCAAUUAAACUGGUCAUAGCUGGAAGUGGUUGUGAAAAUGCUGAUAAAGUUGAAGAGGUUUUACAAGAACUAGAUGGCGAUGUUGAUGCUGCAAUAGAGUUUUUGAUUGCAGAGCAAGCAAUGGACGGACAAGCAAUGGACGAUGAUUCACUUGGAGACUGUAAAAUUCCUUCUCAAAAUGAUCCUACUUCUGGUCAUAAUGAAAAUGCAAACACUGAGCAGUCAAAGGAAUCUGCUCCAGACAACGCUUCUGAACAUGAAGGACUGAGUAAAGAUAACAAACAAUCUCGUGAUGAUAAAUGUUCUCAACAUGAUGACAAGAGAAUCCCAAGAAACAAGGUGUGUCCUUGUGGUUCAAGAAAAAAGUACAAGGCUUGUUGUGGAACAGCCAUAGGGAGAUCUUCUACUGAUUUUGUAAAUAAUCAUAAAAUUGCUUCUGGUAAGGGAGGAAAAGAAAGAAAGCAGGGUAGGAAAGGUGGAGCAACCAAAAUUGCCCCUUCCAGUGGAUCCAGAGAUCCUCCUGAUAUGGGUGCACUUUGCAUCUGAGAUCAUGAGAUGCUUUUGUGUGACUACCAUUGAGGAGAAACCUUGACCAAUCCACAAUCGGCGCAUCCAGGUCUCCAGUGCAUAUAUCCUGUUUAUAUGAAAUGUAGGUUAUCCUUUUUGACAUCACUGGUGGAAAGCCAGUGUAAGAUGGAACAUCUUAACCUAAUAAUGAUUUUCUUUUUGGUGGGUACAGAGGGAAGGGAUAGUUGGUGUUAGGUGGAGAGGGUUUCAAGCCCAGGUCCUAGGGAUCAAGAAUCACAGACUUUACUAACCGAAUUCAAAAUUGUUCUUUCAUGUUGUAUCAAGCAUUGCUGAAAUGGAAAUGGAAGUCAGAAUCAGCCAAUGAGAUUGCUGAUGACUGCCAAGCGAGGUGUUGUCAGGCCUAGAGUGUGCAUUGCUGGCUUUCUGUUUCUCUGCUCCAUUUUGUGUUGAGGCCUCGAGGAACUUGGUCUUUUAGUUCACUAGUUUUGGUUGACCCUGUUUGUGCGUUAGGUUAUGUACAUUUAAUCUGUGC